AUGAGCGGCGGCGGCGUGGAUAUCAUGGACAGAUUCUGGAGCACCCCUCCGGUCACUCGGACAAUCGUAACAGCAAUGUUUGCAGAAUCUGCGCUGGUACAUUCAGGUCUGGUCUCUGGCAUGCGAAUUGUUUACCAUACACCUUGGAUAUUCAAGUUCCCACCUGAACUCUGGCGCCUACUUUCCUCCUUCCUCUUGACAGGAGGUGGCUUUUCUUUUGUCUUCGACCUCUACUUCAUGUACACAUAUGCCUCGGGCCUAGAGCUGAAUUCUCCUCGAUUUGCGCAACCGGGCGACUUCUUCACCUAUGUCUUUUUCGUGGCAACUGCCAUCCUGGUAUCCGGUGGUCUUGUGCUCGGCGGCCACGUCUUUACCCAGGCCUUACUUCUUGCCCUCAUCUACACUUUCGCCCAAGAUAACAGGGGCAAGAAAGCACAUUUCAUCAUACUGCAAAUCCCGGUCGAGCUGCUACCUUGGGCCAUGCUCACGCUCACCUUGAUAAUGGGUGGGCCUCAAGCGGCCCUGCAACAAGCCACUGGCGUCUUUGCCGCUCACCUUUACGACUUUCUGACAAGACUAUAUCCGACCUUCCAGGGCGGCAGAAAUUACAUACAGACUCCAGCUGCAGUCAAGAGAUAUUUUGGUGCAGAUAGAAGCUCAUUCACUCACAAAGCUUAUGGAACGAGCGUCAGAUCUGGGCAGAACGUCCCCCAACAGCAGAGUCGCGGUUGGACUAGUGGCUUUUCAAACUCUUGGAGUGGUAGGGGAGCCGGCCGGCGGCUGGGAGGCGACUGA